CUGCUGCUCCUUUUUUUGUAGUCGGUAUUUUAAAGUUAGGAAAUCACCACAAAAACACUCACCCCGCGCCAAAGGGCACACCUCACACGUUUGAAUUUUUUUUGGGGGAGGAGUUUCUGGCGUUGCUCUUUUCUGCUGCGUUAAACAAACAGCACCAUGACGCUGUCGAAUAUACCUCCACCUCUUUUAAGAGCCAGCCCACCCACCACCGUUUCCUCAGUCGCCACUAUUCCAUCGCCUUACCAUCACCUUCCACCACCCAAUAUUGCAGCCAAACCCGUUCCCUCGUCUUCCAAUUAUGGUCUACCACCGCCCAAUGUCACUAACGACAUGCUUUAUUCCAACGCAGCCGUGUUACCUUAUCCCGCCCCACCCAUGCACCACCACCAUCACCGGCCACCUCCGAUUAUGCCAACCUUACCACCUCCCAUUGUUACCACAGCACUCACACCGUCUCCCGCACCCAUUGACUUGACAUCCUCGCCGACUUCGGCAUCCUCCGUCGCAGGGUAUCGCCCGCUCAACGUUCGAGACGCAUUGAGCUAUCUGGACCAAGUCAAAAUACGGUUCGCUGAUCAACCCGAUGUGUAUAAUCAAUUUCUGGAUAUCAUGAAAGAUUUCAAGAGCCAAGCUAUUGAUACCCCUGGCGUGAUUGAGCGUGUGUCGAUCCUGUUCAAAGGCCAUCCGGUGUUAAUAUCGGGGUUCAAUACCUUUCUACCUCCGGGUUACCGAAUUGAAUGCUCCACCGAUCCACGACACCCUGAUUUGAUUCACGUCACCACACCUUCAGGCACCACUACCACCGGCCCUAGUACACAUUUCAAGGUGGAACCGGCCCCUUCAUCCCAACCUCUCGUCCAACCCUCAUCCUACUACCAGUCACCAUACGGACAAAGACCGGCUUUAACUCCCGUCGCAGGCUUUCAAGCGACUCCUCCUCCUCCAGCAGCACUCGUACCGGCAACCACAGCAACAUCCUCGACAACUAUGUCGUUACAUGAAUUGCAACAAAACGUGUCAACUCCAGCAACUGAACACGGGUAUUGGCCAACUUAUACAAAGCCAUCCUCGCAAUCUAUGCUGCCUCGAGAAACAGAUUCCGCCACGAAGUCUUUGGCAGUAACUCAGAAACGUCCUCCCGUGGAGUUCAAUCAUGCCAUCAACUAUGUCAAUAAGAUCAAGAGUCGUUUUGCGAAUGAUCUAGACACCUACAAGCAAUUUCUGGAAAUUCUGCAGACAUAUCAAAAAGACCAAAAACCCAUUACUGAAGUUUAUAAGCAUGUCCAUUAUUUGUUUCGGAAUUCACCCGAUUUAUUGGACGAAUUCAAGCAGUUCUUACCCGAAAUCACCGGGCAGACAACGAAUGAUGCAAACUCGGACAAGCGCCGUUGGUCUACCAAACGGGCAAGUGAAGAUGAUGGACAUCACGAACCUUACAGUUCCACCUAUUCGAAACGAAAAAAAAUCCAUGGGAACAAUGGCAAAUAUCAAAAGAGUGACGCCGAGGAACCAUACGCUUAUCCUGCAUUAUCCACGAUGGACCCUGUGAUGCCGUCCAUUACCAUGGAAGAAAUCGAGCUAUUUGACAAGAUUCGAAAACAUAUCGGCAACAAGCCUUCCUACGAAGAGUUUUUGAAAACUCUGAAUUUGUAUACCCAGCAAAUCAUCGAUAUGGAUGGAUUGAUGAAUCAGCUGAAAGCGUUCCUCGGCAGCAAUAAGGAACUCUUUGAUUGGUUCAAGUCCAUUAUCGCCUAUGAACCCAAUCAUCAGAUCAUCGAUCACGGAUUCAACGAUGUUCCCAAACCAGAUUUGAACGAAUGCCAAGCCAUCGAAAGUAGCGCCAGCUACCGCAUUCUACCCAAAGAAUGGCAAAACCAGCCUUGUUCUGGACGCGAUCAGAUGUGCUGGGAAGUAUUGAACGACGUUUAUGCAUCACACCCCAUCUGGGAACGCGAAGAUGCCGGCUUUGUCGCUUCAAAAAAGAAUCAAUAUGAAGAAAGUCUGCACAAAUGCGAAGAAGACAGAUAUGACUAUGAUCUCAACAUUGAAGCCAAUUUAACUACCAUUGCUUUAUUGGAGCCUAUUGCCGAGAGGAUCGAUAAAAUGACAUUAGAAGAGAAAACUGUGUUCCGACUGGAACCAGGGCUGGGCGGGGAAACAGUUUCGAUCUACAGACGGGUCAUCAAAAAAGUGUAUGGCAAAGAACGCGGCGAGGAAAUAAUCGGUCUGCUCUAUAAGAAACCCGUCCAAGUCGUUCCUGUUCUCUUGAGACGGCUGAAAUCCAAACAUGCAGAAUGGAAGAAAGCGCAAAACGAGUGGUCCAAAGUGUGGCGCGAACUGGAUAGCAAAAAUUAUUAUAAAUCACUGGAUUACCAAGGACUCACGUUCAAGAGUAACGAUCGCCGCACGAUUGCUACCAAAGCGUUGGUUGCCGAGAUUGAAGCGCUGUCGCAGAAAGAGAAAGAACGCAGACUCAUGCCUUCACGGGUGAAUGUGAAUCCCCACUUUCGAUUCACACUCAGUGAUACAACCGUAAUCAAGGAUAUCGCCAAGCUGCUUACAUCAUUUAUACAGCAACAACGAUCAUUCUCUACGCGCAGGGAACGCGCACAGGCAUGUGAACUGAUUCGAGUCAUGAUCCCUCUUUUCUACCGCCUCGAUGAUUUCAGCACGGACGAUCUCAGGCACACGGUAGAAGAGGUCGAAGAAGAGGGAGACAGGAACGAGGAAGUCAACGAUGAAGAAGGCGAAGAGGAAGACGAUGAAAACACAUCAGCGCACACCGAUGAUUCGGAUACAGAUGGCCGAUCGGGUCGACGCAACCCUGACGACGUUAAAGAAUCCGGACUGUUACGCGAUGUGCUUUUGCGGAAAAAGGAACUCGCGGCUUCAGGGAAUAGAGAAAAUAGUCCGUCCGAAUCGCGAGACAAGUCUCCCUCAUCCUCUGAGGAACCGCCCAAUCCAGAGGUCGAGUCCAGUGCUACUGCCGCGGAUAUCUCGGGUGUCAAACGAUCCUCCUCAGAAGCCACGUCAGCCUCUCGUGAUGGCCGUGAGGGCAAGGAAAAUAUGGUGGACAUUGUUUCCUCCAUGUUGACCGGAGCAUUACGAAAACAUAUGACGCAGGAUUUUUUCUGCAACACCAACUUUUAUUGCUUCUUCCGAUUGUACCAGAUCGUAUACGAACGUUUGCUAAAGAUGAAGAGUAUUGAUGCUGACAUCAGAACCAAUGCUAGCAAAGGCAAAACGGUGAGCAAAGUAGCUCGUGAAUUGGGAAUCCAGUGCACCCGCUUUAACGAUAUCGAUUUAUCUGCCGGUCACUAUGCAGCACUUCUUACAUUGAUUGGCCGUUAUUUUGAAGAAGAUGGGCUGGACCAACAAGGCUUUGAAGACGGAGCUCGUUAUAUUUUUGGCAUCCAGGCGUACAUUCUGUUUAGUAUUGACAAGAUUUUUCAAGCCAUGAUCAAGCAGAUUGAAGUGAUACUGAAUGAUACCAAGUCGGUGGAUCUCAUGAAACUAUUCCGUCGUCAUUGUGAGCUCGAAAGCCCGACCCCACGUCAAUUAUCCGUAUAUCGCCUACGGGCCGAAGAAGCGAUUGGCUCCAAUGAGCAUACAUACCGAAUCCAGCUAAAUAUCAACACAAAGACGAUGGGAAUUCAACUGCUAAGUGAAGAGGAUGUGGACGAUGAUGCGGACCCCGAAGAUGAUUAUGAAAGCUACGUGACGAGUUAUAUGAAUUGGUCCCAAGUCACUGAAGGCAUUGACACCACGCAAUUAACACCCGUCUAUCUCAACAGAAACUUGAAAUCGAAAUCUUCCUUGUCGGGACCCGUUUACGUUCAUUCAAAGCUGCAAUACAAGAUAUGUCAAAAUUCAUACCAUAUGUUUUACAUCAUUGGUUCCGAAGAUGGAUUUAUGCGCAAAAAGGACACAUCAUUGAAGACUGCGAUGGAUAUUGAUCAGCUGUUGCCGAGUGAUCAAGCGCCGAGUGAUGAAGCAUCGAGCGAUCAAACAUCAUUAAAAUUUACCCAGUGGGUCAACAAGGCAAACGCAAGCAACACUGAACGUCAAAAAUUGGAAGAGGACGCUCGACAGUGGCUCCAAGGCGCUUCAACAGUGGAGGAGUGAUCUACCAUAGUCCCAGCUGGGGAACCAUGACUUCCCCAUUGUUAUGUAUAUAUUAUUGCAGACACUAGUCCAGGCAUGUCACCAAGCUCCUUUCUAGGUGGACUUUGUAUUAUUUC